AUGAAGUUUUCUAAGCUAGAGCCACUUACCUUACAAAAAACUGGACAAGUGCAUAAUUUAUGAAAAGACAUGCUGAGUCAAGAAGAAAAGUCUUAUUUAAAGUAAAAUUUUAUUAGUUCUAUUGACAGAGGAUUAUUGAAAAAUACCAUUUCACCAAAUUGCUUGUCAAAACUAGCGAUUUCUGAUCAUCAGACUAUUGAGACGAAGACUUAUGAAACUUUUUCUAACUCCUACUAGCCUGGAUUGAACCUUUCGCGAUUGCUUGAUAGAGAUGGGGCUAAUAUAAUUUGAGGAAAAAUAUAUCACCAAAUAUAUAGCCCAUACACCUAUAUAGAUUUCUUUAUCGAACAGAAUGUAAUGGACGGUUGAAUGACCAAAUCAGACUAUAUCAAAGGGAAGAGCUGGAUCUGUAUAUUUGGAAGGGCUAAAAAGUGACAUGUUUUGGCAAAUGUGAACAAAGUUGAAAAGCAAGCACGCCAAUUUUUAAAUGGCUUUAUUAUAAAAUUUAGUUUUAAAUUAAAAUAUCUUUUAAGUGACACUGAUAAGUAUCUUACCUAUUUUUUCCUUCUUUUUAUGAAAUUAAAAAAGUCAAAUUUUUAAUAGAUGAUUUUCGAUGAGAAUUUCAACAUAAGCAUCUAUCUGCUAUUUCUCUUUACUGCUUUUAAAAACCACAGCGACUCUUAAUUUUUCAUUGACAUAAAUUGCUUAUGAUGCAAUACUAUAUUAUAUGGAUUUAGUAUUGUACUUCAAAAAUCAAAUUUUUUAAUUAUAGUUAUUUGUCUUAGUUAUCUCUAUAGCCUUUAAAGGUCGAAGCGACUCUGGAAUUACACUAGGAAAUUAACUUAUCGAUAUCUAAUUUUCUAUAAUUCAUAAUAAUAUUUAAUUUGAAAAAAAAUAGGGAAAAAUAGUUAUAAUAAAGCCAUUCUAAAAAUUGGCGUUUGCUUCUCAGCUUUGUUCACAUUUGUCAACCAUUUUUUUAAAUGCCACUUUUUUUCCCUUCCUGGCAUAAAGAUCCAGCUCGUCCCUUUGAUAGAAUCUGACUUGGUCGUUCAACUGUCAUUACAUUUUGUUCGAUAAAGAAAUCUAUAUGAAUCUACUAUAAUCAUAUUACUAUCAAAUAUAGGUAGUUAAAUUUUAGGAUAUGCAGUGGGAGUGGAUUUUAUUUUUGACAGCAUGAAAAUUGGUCAAUGAAGGAUGGGGUGUUGGAAUCAUUCUAUCAAGGAUCGGGGGUAAGGAGUAUGGCGUGCAUAUAUUGGAUAGAGCAAGGCUUUUUCAAAGUGAACCUACAAGUCCUGAUUUUUUUCGUUGAAAAAGGUUCCAUAACUGCCCCUGGGCCAAUAGUUCUAUUGCUUUAAGUCACAAUCCAACACCUACUAAAGAAUUAAGUAAAAAAUUACUUACUCCCCCCCCCCCUCCGUGAGCGAACAAAAAAAAUUUUGUUCGCUCACGGAGGGGUUUAAUUUUUUUUUUAAAAAAAAAUUUUUAUAUAUAAAUUUUAUAAAAAUAUUUUUUUUUCGAAAUUUAAAAAAAUCCUAAUUUGCAAAAAUGGAAGCAAAUAUUAAUUUAAUUUGCAAAAUUUAUGUUUUUAAAACGCAAUUUGUUUAAAAUUAAACAGAAUUAGCUCUAGAUUUCAUUAUACUAAUUAUCACUUAUAUAUCAAAAUUUUUUUCCAUUAAAAAUUUUUUCUAUUUAAAAAAUUUUUGUUCACUCACGGAGGGUGGGUUUUUGGUCAAAAAAUGGCGAUUUUUCUAAUGGUUUUGUUCGCUCACGGAGGGGGGGGGGAGUUAAAGAUUCAAGUAAAUUUUAUAUAGAGAUAAAGCAUCAAAAGUAUAAAAGCCAACAGCUAAGCUGUGAAAGGCUAUCAGCUUUAAAAAAAGCUGAAGAGAUAGAGUUUCAUAGAAGAAUUGAGCUUGAAAAAGAAAAAUCCAAGUAAAUAUUAUUUAGGAGCUUAAAUAGAAACUGCUCCUUACCUAGACUUUAUGCUAAAAAACCAUUUUAG